AUGUUCUUUUCCAUCCCAAUCCUCUUAUCUUGCUUUACGAUACACUAUCGCGGUUCUUGGAGCGUCGCUGCAGCUUCAGAUUGUCCGGCACCAGCGCCUUAUAAACUCAAAACUCCUCCGCUUACGACUGAUUGGACUACAAAAGUAGGCGCAUCACCAUGGCCCGAAUACUCUCGCCCCUUGCUCAGAAGGCAGCAUUGGAUCAAUCUUAACGGGCCCUGGCAAUUCAAACCAGCCAAGGACAGCCAAGAAAUUCAAAACCCACCCUACGGCGGAUGUGGCUUCGAUAGUGAAAUUCUGGUUCCUUUCCCGAUGGAAAGUGGGUUAAGCGGGAUCAUGGAAAAUCACAUGUAUAGUUGGUAUCGUAGAACUUUUGUUAUUCCUCGGGACUGGUCGGGUAAAAGUGUUUUGGUGAAUUUCGGUGCGGUGGACUAUGAAGCCACGAUUUUUGUGAACGGAAAAUCGGUCGGAUUCCACAGAGGAGGAUAUUUCAAAUUCUCAUUGGACUUGACCGACGCGCUCAAAGGACCGGGUCAAGAAAACGAGCUGUUGGUAUUUGUAUAUGACCCGACCGAUUCCAAAGAUACCUUGAUCCCCCUUGGCAAGCAAGUUUUGAAGCCAGACCACAUAUUUUAUACCCCUAGUAGCGGGAUAUGGCAAACCGUCUUUCUUGAACCGGUUCCUAAGGAACACAUUAUAGAUGUUCAGACUACCGCUCACGCGGAUGGAACCGCAAAAAUAACGGUUUCCACCUCGAACAAGGCUUCCAAUUCGGAAUUAAAGAUCACUCUGUACAGUCCAACUAUUUCUUCCGCGGAUUCGCCUCUAUAUCCGGAUUCUCUGGGUACCCCUCUCCAGCAGCUUCAAGCAACUGCCAACACUGCCGUCACUUUCACCGUGUCUUCUCCUCAGCUGUGGUCUCCCACAAAGCCAAAUCUGUAUCACUUUCAAAUAGAAUUAGGACAAGACGUGGUACGAAGUUACUUGGGUUUCCGGACGAUCGAAAAGAAAAAAGACAGCAAUGGAAUCGUCCGCCCUUUCCUAAACGGAGAAUUCGUCUUUCAGCUGGGCACGCUGGACCAGGGAUUCUGGCCCGAUGGUCUUCACACUGCUCCAACAUAUGAAGCUAUGCAGUAUGAUCUGAAGGCAUUAAAGAGUUUAGGCUUCAACAUGGUUCGAAAGCACAUAAAAAUUGAACCGGAUCUGUACUAUUACGCUUGCGACCGGAUGGGCUUGUUGGUUUGGCAAGAUAUGCCCUCCAUGAACCCCCAUUUGCCAUGGCCGACACCGGAGCAGCAAACCGAGUUUGUCCGACAGAUGAUGUUGAUGAUCACAACACAUUGGAGUUUCCCAUCAAUAAUCACUUGGGUACUUUACAAUGAAGGAUGGGGACAAUUCAAAUCGUCUGAAAUUGAACUCACGCCAAAGGUCAAAGAGCUGGACCCAACCCGCACGGUUCUGUCGGUCUCAGGUUGGAGAGACUCCGGCGCCGGUGACUUUCACGAUAACCAUCACUAUCCAUACCCACAGUGCGGAACACCCUUCUAUUCUCUGCCCUCGACACCCUACGAUCCAGCAAGGAUAGCCGUACAGGGAGAAUUCGGCGGAAUUGGACACAUCCCCGAUCGCCGAAAUCUUUGGAACGUGCAAAGUCAGAUUGAUACGCUGAAUCAAACUUACGAAGUCGCAUCCAGCAUCGAAAUUUGGAACUACAGAGCCAUUCGCUUUGUGGAAGACCUGAGGGAUCAAGCACAACUCUUCAGCUGUAGUGGUGGCGUAUUCACACAAACCACCGACGUUGAGGCAGAGACCAACGGAUUACUCACCUACGAUCGCAGGAUUCUCCGACCCGAUCUUGAAAAAUGGCAGAAGCUCACCUCAGAAAUUUAUGCUGCUCCACACAAAGCGAGUCCAUUAGUACACCAAAAACAAAGUCUAUCUACUUCCCAAUUACCCUUGCCAACUAAGCAUGACAUCAGUAACCGAAAGUAA